AGAAAGGUCAUAUCAACCGAUGGAAAAGAUAGGAGCAAGAGUAGUAUUUUUGGGUUAUCAUUAAUGUCUAUCGUGAUGUUUUUGAUUUUGUUUCGGAGACUGGAUGACACAGUCAAAAUCAGCCCUUCAUACGUAGCAAUUACCCAUAGCUAUCAUAGCGCAAUGAACGCUUAA